AUGGUUCGGGCCGCGCUAGGGGUCGUUUACCUCCUAGCGUCAGCCACGGCAAAUGGAUGGAACUUGUUGCAGCUUGGACUGCUGACUGGUAUCAACUCCUCCGACGAUCUUAGAAACCGAACAGAAGCAGGCCCAAGGGACCGAGGCGGGCCAUCCCGCCCGGAUCCUGGGCUUGGAGGUAACGGAACUUGGGACUGGUGGAGUGUUGCCUGGGAUGGCGCCUACCAUUACGUCGGAAACAGCUGGUGGAUCAAAAUGUGGGUACGGAUGCUGUUACAGGUUGCGGAGAAUGGGAUAAGCUAUUGUGGGACUCUUUGUGCCUCAAUUGGCUUAGCCGCCCGAUGGAGCUACUGGCUCCUUACCGGGAUGGUCCUCGUCUUCUUGCUCCAGUUGCUUGUAUGGACCUACACGUGGGUCAUUCAUCCGACUUGGAUUCACUCCAGGGCUCUCUGGCGAUACUGCCAAGGGACAGGCACUUGGAGCGAUGUGACACGCUUGCAGGGGCAGAGGCCUUUCAUACCCGUGUGGAAAGGGCCGGGUGCAGGGACACCAUGGUCCGCCUUGUACAUCCAGCGCGAGGUACGGGGAAGAGGACCGGGAGGUCAACCUGCAGGAACUGGCAGGAAGAGGGCCCUGGGGACGGUGCGCGGUGAUCACAAGUUUUUGCGGGAUACUUUGGUGCCGCUGUUUCGGCCGCAGCAUGGCAAGAUGCGGCCGAGCUUGGUGCUGGUGUCUGUGGUGCCGGUGUUGCCGUACGAGGCGGAACUAGGCCCCACGGGGCUGCAUUGUCAAGCGGACCAGGUCGCCCUAGACAACUACGGCAAGGUGGUUCCUCUUGCUGCUGGACCUUGCAGAGACGUGUCCCGAGGCUGUCCCGUUGUGCUUCUACAAGCUGACCGAUCCAACAGCUGUCUUGAUGGGUUACCAACCACUGAAGGCGGCGACCCAUGCUUUCAUGCCUGUGACUACCACAGGUCCAUGUACCAGGGCUCGCUCCUGGGUCGAGCAUGUGCGGUGAAGGGGUGCUUGCAGCCAGUCACAGGGACCAGGAAGGGGGUCAACUUUUGCAAGUUGCACGGAGCCACAGAAGAGAAGCCCCGGGCCAAAACCGCACCUAGGGCAUGCGAGGCUUCACCGCCCCAGGUGGAUACCGGCCAAAGGUCAGAGACUGCGCGUCAACCAGAGAGACCAGAAGUCAACGCAAUGCAGGGCGCGGUGGCCGACAGGGCAGACCUUGCUGAGCUCCUGGUCGAGCUGCUCCAGGACUCGCUGACUUCCCUGGCGAAGGCCUAUGUGCAACAACACAAAGACUUGGAAACCCGAGAAUCACCCGCCUGGAGAGCGCUCAACCGCCUUGCGCAUCCCCCUGCCGUAUGUCAAGAACCCGCAUACGACCCGGUAACUCGGAUGCUGGAGGCCACGUUGGAGAGGCCCACAGAAGAAGAGAAAUCCGACACGCCAGCCCCACGGCUGGGGAGGCCGGCCUCGGCUCCUGCGAGUCAUUUCCCGGGUCCUCGCACUUCCGGUGAGCUCGCUGCGAGCUUGUUUCGCCCUAAGAGCGAGAUCGAUUCCGCCCUGCCGCGCCCGAGGCUUGUUUCGAGCCCGGGAGCGGUUGGAACUUUCCCAGGAAUGUCCGGUCCAGCAGGUUUUGGAGGGAUACAAGGUUUGCACGCCUUCCGACCCUUUCAUGCUGGAGCAUAUACCGAUCCGGGACCUCCGGCCCUCGAUGAAACUUCAAAGGCUCUGCAGACAAUCGCAAAAGUUAUGGCGGCGAAGGAAGACCCAGCUGCCCAAGAUCGAGGGAAGCUGUCCUCGAUCGGCAGAACAGAAGAAAGGAUGCUGUACCUGGCUAGAGGGUGCGACACGCUGACGGUGCACCUUGGGGAAGCCACGGUCGGAAAGGAGCUGUACCAUGCCCUAAAGUCUGUAGCGACGCAGAACCGGCCCUUGUUGAGAGAAAUCAGCUUCCCGGUGAACAUUACCAACCGCAUCGCCUUUGGGGCUGCCUCCCUCAGUUUCGGAGGCAAAGGUAAUCUGCCUGACUAUUGCCUCACGGUGGCCGAUUUCGCCCAGACCUCGGAGGAGGAGUUUGACUUGUUUAGCCCGCCUGGGGAUAACAAGUUGGAAAAACGGGCGCGGAAUCCCACUACUCUGUCCAAUUGGUACAGAAAUGCUCUGCGCCAAGCUUGGGCCAUGGCAUGUAUCCUGGGGGCAGAGUACUAUGGCAGUUGGGAAAAAGCUGCGGCACAACUCCUUAAAUUCGGGGAAGAAUAUGCCCAUGCGUGGCCGUUGCAUUCGGUCAUGAGUGUGUGGGAGGAGCUUUGGGCCCGCUUCACGGAAGAGUUGAGGGCGCUCGAUCGAAGGGCCAGGCGGGAAAUGCAAGACGAGAGCCCUAGCUUUGACCGUCUUCGGUUUUUCGCCACAUCCCCUGGAGAAAAUGGCGAACCCUGGCUCCGGCUGCCUCAAACUUUCGACCUACAGGCGCCAGGAGAGUACUUCCAAACGGAUAUUGUUCCUCGCCAACAGCGCAUGUUGGAUCGUGCUUGCUGGUCAAUGGCCCUCAAGAGACCGUCACCACUCACUGGCGGACGAGCUGGAGCUGAAGACAUUGGCGGACCAGACAAAGCGCAACCUUCCGCUCCCAACCCUAGGAACCCACGGGCUGGAGGCAAAGGGAGUGCCCCUGGCGCUAACACUGCCGCCAAGGAACCCGCCCCCCUCCUGGGAAAUGCUCUGACCAGCAAAGAAGCGGGCCGCUCCAUGGAUCACCGCCCGAAGGACAAAGACGGGAAGUAUCUGUGUUGGGAUUACUUUUCCCACCGCAAGUGCAACAAGGGAAAGGAUUGCCCGUAUUCGCACCACGGCAACGCACCACGCUGGGACACCCUCGAUUGGAGCGUGCAGAUGCAACUCUUGCGACGAGGCAAAAGAGCGAAAGAGAUGGCCAAGCGGACCGGGGGCCCUCCUCCUCAGGAUGCCUCGACCCAGUACCGGGAAGACACCCGAGCUGGCUGGACCCCAGCGCCCGCGGCGCUAGCCAAUUUUGCCGCCACUGAUAUGGAAGACCCCCUUGCUCGACUUAUGACAGGAGAAGCUGCUGCAAGUUGGACCCUCGACCACGCGCCCCCCGCUGUGCGCACGGUCACUUACCGGGAGUCACCCGAUUCAGCCGAGAUCCAAGCCAAGCGUCACUGCAUGGACGAGAUUGACAGCAGCGGCCUUCUCCCAGAUCUACCCCAGCAUCUGGGCACCUAUCUGCGCAACCGGCUAACAGCCGUAAACAACCGGGCUCCAACCGCUCACGAUGUUCAAGAAUUCCUCGAGGACGCUAUCCGAGAAGGCAGUGCCGAACUUGCUUCGGAAGCUACUGACUAUCUCCAUAAUCACCCUGACACGCAUGUCGGGUCGCGAGAGGGCCGCGGAGCAUUGGGGCAAUUCUCAGUACACGGCUUCGACGGGUACUCCUGGGCGACCUUUCGCUGGAGAGACGGUGACCAUGCAGUCUAUGACUACGGCGACCAGCUUGCGCCCGUGCAUCCUGAGCUACAACCUCUGCAAUGUCCCAAACCAGAAACGGAGCCCCGACAGUGCUUCUACCUGCAUGUGGCGGCUGGCCUUCUGGCCCAUACCGCGAAUCGUGUGCCCGCUCUCUCUGAGGUCCGCCUCAAAGCGGCAGCCUUACAGGAGGAAACUUUCCGCCUGGCUCUGGCUUGCGCGGAAAAUUUGGGCCCGGAACCUGACAUUUGCACUCAAGCUGAAGAAGACUUGCGCAUCUUCGUGCACGACGCUCUCUUCUUCGGCCACGACAAGGAUUACCGGUGCUUGGCAGCCUUUCCCCUGGCAGAGGCCGCAGAAGUCUCGUUCUGUCUCGUCCGCAUGGACGCUUGGAACCGCAUCUCUUGCGAAGUCAUCCAGGGGGCCCACAGUCGUUCCGACCCGAAAUCUCUUAUCUGGCUCCUGGUCCACCAGGGCCACAUGCGGCUACUCCUCCCGGAAAUCACGACCUCUAUCCCGGACAACGUGCGGAUUGUCACUGCUGCUGGCUGGGAAGUCCACCUGGAAGCGGCCGCCGAGCACGGGGCGCGUCAUCGCGCCCGUGCCCCAAAACCAUGCCCGCGUUGCCAAGACGACCCCAUGCGUCGUACCGGCGUCACCACCGGGGUGUUCGGCUUGUACCCUUUUCCAGCUGAGACGGCUGCUUUAGAUUCCCGAGCAGGAGCAUCUUGGUGGGAAGUCGACGAGCCCCCCUUCGAACAAUGGACCCGCGAGGACCUGCAGGAGCUCUUCCCUGGCCAACGGCUCCCUGAGCCCGGCCAACCGCUCCAUUUUCUGGGUGUAUACGUUGACGCCCUCGGUUGGGACAACGCCCCGGAUGUGCCGGUUGGCGCCGCCCUUUUUGUCGGUCCGGCCACUAGCCGCAGCUUCUGCAAUGGCCGUGUGCGCUCUCUUCUUCGCGCAGCUCUCACUCUCUUGCGCCCUCGCCACGUUUGGGUCCUCCUGCCCCGCACGGGCCUCGGCAGCUGGCCUGAGCCUUCCGCCCGCGCCUUGGGGCCUUCUGCCCACCAACACCUGCAGUUUACGCUUGAGCUUGGUCAGCACCAGUUGAACCUGCCCGGGCACUUCACACUUGUUCACCCGUUGACCAGCCCCGUAUGGAAAGAUCCCGCGGCCAUCCAGCUCUUUUCGACAUUUCACCGGGUUCGCCUUCCCGCUUCGCCCAUUGACCCCGUGGCUGCGGCGUUUUGUGGGCCGUCCCCGGCCGCCUACUUGUGCCUGAAAACUACCUCUUCGGCGCUGGCUAUCGCCGCUGGGUCGUCCUCAUCCGAGCUGCCGCAUUCCUCUCCCCUCGCCUCCGUUCUUUUCGACGGCGCUGAGGCGUGUUUCGCGCCCGGCGCCGGCCUCCGACGGGCGGGGGGCCCCCUGGCGCCGCCGCUAGACCCGGCGGUUGAGCGGGCAACAAAGGAAUAUCUGGAUUUCUUCCGAAACCGAGCUUUCUCCGCUGAACAUUUCGCGUCUGCUGCUCAGAAAGGAUCGGCUCUUCUAGCAGCAGCCGGUGGAUGGCAGGAAGCCCUCAGGGCUAUCCGCAGGGUUUGGGUGCAAGAACGAGGCGAUCACAUGUCUGGUCUGCACAGUGACUUCUUUGAAGGGCUGGUUCACCCGGCAGUUUUAGAAAGGGCGAGGCAUGUAGCUAUCUGGGGAGUCGAGGCGUCUGCUGACUUAGAGGAGACUACUCGGACCAAGAGUGCGCCUCACCCGAGCUUGAAAGAACACCUCGACGAAGCUGCUGCGCAACUCUGGGACGACGCCAGUAAAGGCCGUUCCCUGCUCUGCUUCGACACCGGCAAGGGCUUGGAAGGGGUUGUAUCAGUCCCAAUGGCCAGGGUCCCCAAGAUGAACCCAGACCGCACGGUCUCUGAUAAGGGUAGGGUCAUCUGGGAUGCCACGCCGGUGAACAGGUAUUGUCACAAGUCUCGGCACCCGCCUGCGCUCCAACCCCGGCACCAGGAGGUCGCCAGAGCGAUACUGUGGUGGAAGCUUCGGUACCCUAGGAUCCGAAUCCUGCUCAGCAAAAAGGACGUAUCAGAAGCCUUCAAGUGGAUCCCGGUUCGGCUUGAGGACUCCAAGCUUUUCGCUGCUGAUCUUCCAGCCGAAUACAGCAAUACUCAGGAAGGUAUCACCAUAGUCUAUGGGUUUUUGACCUUUGGCUGGUGCGGUGCGCCCGGAGAAUACAUGCACUACGCUUGGGUCAUUAAACUGGCUCACGAAGCCUUCGCGCCCGAAAACUCCAGGUGGGAGGAUACAGUCCCAUACCAUUCCUUCGUCCUCAUGGACGACACGGUGCUGAUCGAACCCGAGAUUGGGCUGAGACCGGAAACCUCGGUGGCACUGACGGAGCAUCUGACUCGUGCUGUUCUUGGGGAUGCCAGCAUUAACGAAGGAAAGGAUUGGCUUGAGGGACGGUUGGAAACUCGCAAACUUAUUUGGGGGCUCAUUUACGAUACCCAAGCCAACACCCGAAGCCUGCCAAGUGCCAAGCUGGAAAAGGCGUACCACCUCCUGCACCUGCCUGACUUUGACAGUGGAUGCACUCAUGUCCCGCUGCGCCUCAUCCAAGAGUUGAGAGGCAACCAGCAGUUUUGGUUGGCGGUGCUCCCGGGCCUGAGUCCGUACUUGGGCUGUACGAAUGACCUCCUCGGCCCUGCGGACCCGCAGGGCCUGGCUCGAGCCAAAGGGGAUGAGAAACAACAAAGAGAGACUUGGAACCGAUUUUGGGAAGCCAUUGAGCUUCAACGCUUGUUGGUGGACGUCAGCGCCUCUUGGGAGGUCCGGUUCACUCACCCUCUCAAUGCGGCCCUCUCGGUUUCGGAACUGCUCUCCUUCCCAGGGAUGCAAUCCCAGGUGGUUUGGGCCUGUGGAGAUGCCACUCCAGAAAGGGUGGCGGCAGUUGACUGGCACGGAAAGGUAGCAAUUGUCGAGCCCGCGAGCCUUGUUUGGCAACGAAUCCGCCACUUCUGCGGAGGGGAAGAGAGGACGGACGAGGGGCAGUCGGGACCGGACUCCGAGGAUCGAACCGAUCCCGAUGACGGUCUUCUGAUCUCACUCGCCGAGCUCCUCGCCGUGGUGUCACUCGCCUGCACCCGCUGGACUGCUUGGAGGGGAAAGAUCGUGAUCUACGCGGGGGACAACCAGAAUGUUAUCUCCUGGCUUGAGAAAAGGCAGGCUGGGCCCCCUGCGGCGAGGUUCCUGCUGCAGCUGCUCGCAGCUUUGGAAACUGUCGGAGGGUUCAGGCUGCACGCGAGCUAUGUUCGGACCUACCACAAUCAGGUUGCCGACAGCCUCACGCGUGCCGAAGCACAAAGCAUUCUGGAGGAACAUGAGCUCCGUAAGGUCCCGUUCUCGGAGGUGCUCUUGGGGACUCUCGACAAAGGUUGGACUCGGAGGGCCCUCCUUUGGGAUGGAAUGGACCAUGGAGAUAAGGCUGCAGCCCUCCAAUUAGGGCUCCGAAGGCAUCCAGAGGGUCCGAAUAAGCACCCCUUUCCGCUGAAAGAAGGUCUAGUAUGCGCUGAGAUUGGGGAGGCCGGCCCCUAUGAAAUCGAGCUUGUCUCCAAGGGGCUUAUCGUCCAGAGACACACCCUGGAAGAGGCAAGCCGCCGAGAAUGUGCCCCGGAGCGGUAUGUGUGCCUUUUCCACCCAGGCGGCAGAGGCGAGGUGGCUACGGCUGCUUGCUUCGCCGAACUUGCUGCGAGGUGGGAGCCGGAAGGAGUCUGGGUCGACUCCAUCACCUCUCAUGGCCCCAGAGCAGCCGCAAGGAUUCUGAAGGAUGCAGGAUGGCAUACCCGUGUCUUCCAAGUCAGCGGCCGAACUCUCCAGGAUCAAUGCUGGUGGAAGCGAUGGAUACUGAUAGCGGUUCCCGCAGAAAAGCGCCUGCCUCCAGCACCUUGUCUCACGCUCGACGCGGAACCCGCUACGCCACCCUUGCACACUUACCCCACUGAAUGGUUGCUGGAAGACAAAAGGGUACCAGCCGCCACCUGGAAAAAUGGUCGCCUAAAGCUAGACAGCGCUAUGCCGCACCUGGGUCAGGCUACCCCAAAGCCUAGAGGGACUCUGCAAACCCCAGAAGGUAGGCGUCAUGUUUGGGACCCUUUUAAACCGCUCCCCCAAUUACAUCAUGGGUCAUGGGGUAAUGACAACAAAGAGUCUCUUUUGUUGCUUGGGUACAGUGCUAAUGGCCCUGCGGCGCGCACCAUCACGCCCGGGGAGGCCUUUAGGUUGUUAGGUGGUAGGGUAGAACAACAUCCCAAGGACACCCCAUCCACUGAACUUGCCUUGGGAAGGCUCAUGGGUACCCCCCGCAGCCUGGCUCUAGUAGCGGGCCGUUGGGCGAGUGCUCUGGGGACGGACCGGGGCGCCAGCGGUUGUUGCUUUGAGCCCGAGCAGUCCAGCGCUGCUGAGGCGAAGGUUGAAAGUCCGGAGGCGGACGAAACUCCCGAGGCUUGCUUCGAGCCCGGGAACGCAGAUUCUGAAAGAGUCGGAAUUUGUUCGCUCCCGUGGGAAGAUAAGGCGCGAGCGGCGCUCAUGGCUUGGCUCCAAAGCAGAGGUUGGGAGGCGGAGCGAAGGGCCGGAGGCACCAAGCGCCGUAAGAAAAAGGAAGAGGACUGGAACAUCCAGUUCUCGAAAGCCCUCGCCUCCUGCCUCAGACACGAGGCAGGAAGUGCCGAGUGCCACAUCACGGAGGAUGGAUGGGUCACGAUGGACCACCUGAGAGGGUACCUCCGUGCGAAGCUCCGAUGGCCGGAAAGGUACCUCACUGAGGAGGCGAUUCGGGCCGAAGUGGAAGGCAACUUGAAACAGCGCUUCGUGGUGCGAACGGAUGAGAGCACCGGAAGGAGCUGUGUUGCAGCCUGGUCCGGGCACACCAUACCCGGGGUCGCCGGGCCAGGAGUGUUGGUCAAACCCUCCGAGGUCCCUGCCCUGCUCGUGCAUGGCUCGUACCACAGGCACACGGCCAGCAUUGUGCAGAAUGGGCUGUCAGCAAGCCGCAGAAUGAUUCACUUGGUUGACCCAGAACGGGCAUCAAACAAGUGGAGGGCCGACCUGGAGACGAGAGUGCCCGUCGACACACGGAAGGCCCAAGAGGCCGGAGUCUCCUUCAGAGUGACGGGUAAUGACGUCUGGCUGGCCGAUGCUGACAUCCCGCCUGAAGCCUUGGGAAAGGUCGUCGCAUGGACUACUGACGAUUUUUGGUUCGCUUCGGAGAGCACUCGCGCCCGAGCCCGACCCGAGCAGGCGUCGCCAGUGCCCUUCCACAAGACAGGCACCGCGGGAGCUGCAGGCUCUGGCUCAAGGCUCCCCGCCUGGCCAUCCGGCAGCCUCAAGCAGGAACAGGACCUGAAGGAGGGCCUUGCUCAGACUGCGACAGGCUUGGCGUCGGCUGUUGCCGGGCUGAAGGUGGAAGAGGGAGAAGAGGAGGUCCAGGUGGACCCACGAACCCUGGAACCAACCGUCGUCACUCUCUCCGAGGCGGAUUGGAACGUAUCGGAAGGGAGUGACAUGGGCCCGGAAGAGCCCUCAGCUCCUGCGACCCGAACAGUGAAGAAAGAAAGCGACCAAGGAUCAGCCGAGGCAGAAAUCAAGCUCGACCCCGGCACGACUGAGCGGGAAGAAAGGCAAGGAGUUGCCGAGGCGCGUCCCGCGCCCGGUACCACCUCUGCCGGAUCGAGCUGGAAACCCACGCUGGUGAAGGAGCAUCAGGACACAGGACCCGGCGAAGGAUGCCCCAAACCAGGGCGUCUCGAACCCAAACAUGAGGAGGGCGCGGAACCCGAGGGCCUCACCCUGGAACGGGUCAAACCGCCGCCCGCAGAGGAGUCAGAGGAGGACUCGCCCAUCGGGCUCCCCGCAAGGUAUCGGCCGGUCGGAAGAGUAGAGCCCGGGCAACCCCAGGAGGAGCGAAAACUGGUCCCGGCGCAGGGUCUCAAGCUUGGCACGGGAAAGGUCAAACUGCUCCAGGCCCUCGCUGAGGCCGAUACUGCCAACUGGGAGAACCUCCAGAGUGCCCUGAAGGAAGCGGAAGGGUCGGGAGGCGAGAAGGCAGCACUGGUUGAAGACCUGGAACGCCUCACCCAGCAGCGAAAGGAAGCCGCUGAAGGAAUCAAGGAAGCCCUUGAAGCAGAGACGCAGAGGGUUCGCCAAUGUGAAGAAGAAGACUCCCGGUAUCUGGAAACUCUGGAUAGCCAGGGUGAGUAUAUGAGAAAGCUUGAACGAUUCAACCCGGCUCGACCCUCCAAGACCGCCAAGGUCCUUAGUUCGGACCGUCUCACUUCGGAGAUUGAAGCAGGAGUCAGCGUCUGGGUGGCGCGCCGCCGAGAAAAGGCGCGUUUGCGGGCCCAGGCUCACAGGGAAGGACUUCAGAGAGGCGCAACCUCGGAAGGAAACACCAAGCACGAACCAAUCGAAACCCCCGAGGGAGCCGAAGAAGCACGUCAACAGGCGGCUCGGAGGGAGAUAGCCGAGUUUCGGGAACAUCUGAGGGAACAAGGCGGUGGGGCGGUACCCAAAUACCGUAGGGCACCUGACUCCCGCCAACGAAAAGCCACGAAGAAAAGAAACCGAGCUGCAAAGGAAGCUGAAACUCGGGCCGCGGCAAAGGGAGCCUUGUCGCCCACGCGCAAUGAUGAUGCAGAACGUGACACCAACCACGCGAUCGCGCAUUUCCAUGGGCAAGAGCACGCCCAUGCUGUGGUUCUCGCCGGGGCCAGGUUGCCCCCGAUUUUAGUUUCCGAGGGGACAGUUCUGCUCGGCCUCGUUCUCCUCACCGGAGUUCUUUUAGGCCUUGCCUGGGGAUCAUGCCGACGCAGCCUUGCCCACAGUCCCGUACGGACUGACCCGUUGGCUUCCUCGUCAAGGGGCAACCUUCCCAGAGCUCCCCACCAGCAGGAAGCUGCGACUGGCAGGCGCACUCAAACCAGUAGCGCCGCGGAGGUUCGCCGUCGCGGCAGUCGAGGCUCGACUUCGAGCCCGGCACCGGACAAUCUUCGGCAAAGGAGCCCGCACCCGUCCCAAAGGGGUCUUGACCGCCGCAGAGCAAACUGGCACAAAGAAGGUUGCUCCCGCACGGGUGCUUCUACCCUUUGGCUUGAAGCAUGCAAAGACUGCGUGAGCAUCUCUGAGGUCGACGACUACCAGGGGAGCGUGGAGGCCACCUGGAACGGAGCCCGCUGGCACAAACCGCAGUGCGGGCAUACCCGAGGAAGGAACGUGGUGCAAUUUGCCCCUUGCCCAGAGUGUGCAAGAGUUGCCGCCCCGUCCCAGUCCCGCGGCUCGAUCAGAGGCCCAAGGCGCAACAACGAUGCUGAAAGGGACACGAAUCAUGCCAUCGCGCACUGGUUCCUCCUGGCGACAGCGCUGGGCCUGUACCUGGCCGGUGUCUGCUGGCACUGGGGUGAACCUUGCGGGGGCCCACAAGAAGGACAGGAAAGGACCCGUGUGGGGGGUCCGAGUGGCCGCAAGGUUCGAUUCGAACCCUACCACGAGACCCUCGCGGCAGCCGGAUCUCCCACCAGUCAAGCCACGGGUAAGAAACAGAGUAUUGAGAAGCCGAGGCGGCUAGGUAACCCUCAGGCUGCUAGGGCAGCGCAAGGGGUGACUGGACCCACGCUGGGCCUACGCUUGAAGUGCAAAGAAGAUUAUCACGAGGAAGCCAUUCGUGUCGCCCUUGACCGCCUCGCCAUCUCUACCCGGCGGACUUAUGAAUCUCAACUUAAGUGGUGGAGGCUUUUUUGCGCUCGUAGAGGAGUCAGUUGGAUUCUCACUGGCCCUUCCAGCAAUAAGACGGAAGAAGCACUCCUCAUCGACUUUCUCCUGCAUUGUGCCUGCAAUGAAGGGCGCGCACCGGGAACGCUGAAGCUUCGGCUGGCCGCAGUGCGCAGCGUCCACCUUUCACUCGGCAUGGAAGAUCCCUUGGAAGGCCGAGGAAGAGUUGCCAUGGCACUGGCCGGCCUACGAAGGCGUUACAAGGUUCCUGAAAGGAGGGCACCAGUGACCCCCAGGAUGCUCCACUAUCUACAUGAUCGCCUCCGUGGCUCGUCUUCGAGCCCGGAGUCUGUGCUCCUGUGGGCCGGGAUCUGCCUUGGGUUCUUCUUUCUGUUGAGGGCCUCUGAAUUCCUUCCCCUUGGUUACCUUCCUCUUUCGAGACACCUGAAGGGCCACCAGGUACUGCUGUACUCUCAUGGCAACCUGUGCACUAUCAGCAACCUGGUAGAGGCCGAUGAAGUUCGGGUCAAGCUCGUCGGCAGCAAGACCAAUUACAACUUGGAAACAAAUCGCAAUCACUACCGAACUGGAAACCAAGCUUGCCCAGUAGAAUCGGUUGUCCGGCUGUUCCAGAAAUUCCCAGAGAGAUAUCUGGGCGGCUGCGAAGCUACAGAGCCGCUCUUUAGGACUCCCUCGGGAGAGGGAGUCCAAAGGGAGGCGAUCCAGAUGCUGCUGAGAGAAGCCGCUUGCCAAUGUGGUGUGGGUGGAACGAUUGGUUCGCACUCAUUACGUUUUGGUGGUGCAAGCGCGCUAUGGACGGCAUUUAAAGACGCAUCUGUGGUGAGAAGGUUUGGACGUUGGGCGAGCGACGCUUUCCACUCCUACUUGUGGGAAGACCGGGAAUAUUCCCGGGGAAUGGCAGCAUCUAUGUUGAACACUGACCUCGCACCGACGCCUGAGGCGCGUUUCGCGCCCGGGCAGUCGCCCUUGCAUCUGCCGAAAUGA